UUUCCAAAAAUAUCGCGAAUUCCCGGUCACACAUUCUCCACCAUUGCACUUUUCACGCUCUCUCUCUCUGUCUUUCUUCUUCUUCUUCCUUCUUCUUCAAUCUUCAGAUCAAAAUCAAAAUCAUCAACAACAAAAAUGUCAGACAACAAUCCAGAAAUCGAAUCAUCAACCUUCAACACUCUAAACCACGACGUCACUGAAUCAAUCCUCUCCCAUCUCCCAAUCCCUUCCUUAGUCCGUUUCACUCUCGUCUCCAAACAAUGGCGUUCCAUAAUCACCUCUCUUCCUCCUUCUCCUUCUCCAUCGUCAUCAUCACCACCAUGGCUCUUCCUCUUCGGUAUCCACAACACUUCCUCUUUCCACAACCAAUCCUUCGCUUUCGAUCCUCUCUCCAACACUUGGCUCCGCCUCCCUCCUUCCUCUUCCUCAUCCGAUCAUCUCGUCGGAUCUAACCGCUUCCUCUUCACCACCGCUCCUCGAUUCUCCUUCUCACCGAUCCUUAAACCUAAUUGGCGAUUCACUUCCCCUGUUCUGUUUCCUCGAAUCAAUCCUCUCUUAAGCGUUUUCACAACUCUCUCUAACUCCUCUAAGCUAAUCCUCGUUGGUGGAUCUUCGCGUAUCGGCGGAUUAGUCGAUAUCGAGGAACGGUUAGCUGUUCAGGUUUACGAUCCUGUUCUUGAUUCAUGGGAGCUUUGUUCACCACUUCCUGCUGAUUUUAGAUCUGGUCAAGAUCAUCAAACUUUAACUUCAGCUUUGUUUAAGAGAAGAUUCUACGUUUUCGAUAACUAUUCGUAUUUUAUCUCGUCGUUUUGCUUGGAUUCUUAUACAUGGAGUGAUGUUCAAACACUUAAACCACCUGGACUCUCGUUUGCGUUCUUGAAUUCUUGUAAUGGUAUGCUUGUUCUUGGUGGAAUGUGCGGGUUUUCGUUUAAUCUUUGGAGUAUCGAAGAAGGUUCGAUGGAAUUUAGCGAAAUCGCGGUUAUGCCUGAGGGUUUGUUGUUUGGAUUAGUUGAUAAUGAAGAUGAGGAGGAAGAAGAUAGUAAUAAGUUUAGGAGUUUGAAAUGUGUUGGCUCUGGGAAUCUUGUUUAUGUGUUUAAUGAUGAUUGUCAUAAGAAAUUUCCAGCUUGUGUUUGUGAGAUUGGUGGUGGUGAGAAUGGGAAAUGUAGUUGGAGAAGAGUUCCUUGUUUGCCUUCUCCGGUUAAUAAGUUUCAUAAAGUUGUUAGUUUCUGCUCAACGGUAUCUAUUAGCGAUGUUUUCCACCCCGAGGAUGCUCAUAUUGGUGGUUGAGUUUGCUUACUUAUGUCACUGUGAUAAUGUAAAGUGGAGAUGAAGGGAGAAGAUAAAUAAUGAAGUGUAUAAAGAUGGUUAUCAAUUUAUCAUGGUAAUUAGGUGUAAACUGGGUUAUAAUUCUUCGUUUAAAUGUAAUGUUAGUUCUUUGUUUCUACUGUUUUAUUUGUUUAAAAUAAGAUACUGAGAUGAUUCCUGAAGAUAUGUGUGUAUUCUACUGAAUCAUUUACGUACAUACACAUGUCUACUGAAUCGUUAAGUAUUGUUGAUUUUUUGGUAUAAGUGAGUGUGUUUUCACAAUCUCUUGUACCAAAGCAUACUAACAUUGAUACGUUCUAAUGAAUUAUAUUAAGUA